GCGCUCGCUCGCGGUGGAGCAGGAGCCGCCGCCAUUUUGGUUUCGCUGCCUCGGCUCGGAGCAGGGCCGAAGCGGCGGCCGGUCGGUCCGGGUCCCGCCCUGGCCCCGUCCGCGCUGAGCGGCCGGGAAGAUGCGGCGCGGAGGAGCCCGUCCUCGGCCCCGGCCGUGUUGUCGCUGACACGAGUAAAAGAUGCUGGCUGCCAGUGGUAGAACAGAUCUUCUGUGGAACAUAUCUCUGUAAACCUUCCCUGAACUUCCCUGCCUGUGAUGGACCCUCGGAGCACUGCUAUGUUAGGCUUGGGCUCUGAUUCUGACGGGUUUUCUGGGAAGAGCCCCUCUGCAGCCAGCAUUGGCACCUUGGUGGGAAAGGGAGAAGGAGAGCUGGAAAGCUGUGCCAAGGAAGAAGACGACAGCAAAAGGAAGAGUCGAGAGGGGAACAGUCCUGAGCGUGGGAAGAGCGAGGCUCUGAGCGAUGCACAGCAACAGUUCUCGGUGAAGGAAACAAACUUUUCAGAGGGAAACCUGAAGCUGAAGAUUGGGCUGCAAGCAAAGAGAACCAAAAAGCCCCCCAAGAACCUGGAGAACUAUGUGUGCCGGCCUGCUAUAAAAACCAGCAUCAAGCAACCAAGGAGGGCACCAAAGAGUGGGAAGAUGACAGAUGAGAAGAACGAGCACUGUCCUGCAAAGCAAGACCCCUCAAAGCUGUACAAGAAAGCUGGAGAAGUUGCAACAGUUGAGUUACAUGUGGAAGAAGGUACACAAGUAGAAACAAAUCCUUUAACUAAGAAAGUUUCCCCAUUGCACUCUGAAAUGACAGAUUAUAUCAAGUCAUCUCCUCCGACUCUUAUCAGUAGCCAUAAUUCUGACUUAAAGGAUAGAACACAAAUUAAUGGAGCAACAACUGUCACAGAAAAAUUGGCUCAACUCAUUGCAACUUGUCCCCCUUCAAAGUCUUCCAAAACAAAGCAGAAGAAGCCUGGAAAUGGAAGUGCAUCUGGUUUGGUUAAAGACUCUGGGAAGAAGCUACCAGGAACCAUAACUGCAGGUGGUUUAGUUACUAAAGAUUUGGUAAAGAAAUUGCCAGGAUCUGGUAUUGCUGUUGGGUUGGUUAACAAGGACUCAGGGAAGAAGCCAUUAGGGAUUGGUAGUGCAGCCAUAUUGGUUAACAAAGACUCUGGGAAGAAGCCACAAGGGAUUGGCCCCUUAAUGGGAUUGGUUAACAAGGACUCUGGAAAGAGGCCACCAGGGAUCAGCACUCCAAGUGGGUUAGUUAACAAGGAGUCUGGGAAGAAACAGGCAGUGAGCAGCUCUGCGAUUGGGUUAAUCAGCAAAGAUGUUGGGAGGAAGCUUCCAGCUAUCAGCACUCCAACUGGAUUGACUGGUAAGGAGUCUGUCAAGAAGCCAUCAGGGUUUGGCACUCCAGCAGGAUUGGUUAACAAGGAUGCUGGGAAGAAGUUGUUGGGAAUAAAUACUCCUCCAGCACUGGGUAACAAGGAUUCUGGGAGAAAGAUGGCAGGGACUGGCAGUGUGACAGUCUUGACUAACAAAGAUUCUGGAAGGAAGACACCAGGGAUUGGCAGCCCAGUGGGACCUGUUAACAAAGAUUCUGGGAAGAAUAUGCCAGGAAUUAGCAGUCCAGUGGGAUUGGUUAGCAAGGACUCUGGGAAGAAGCCAGCAGGGAUCAGCAGUCCAUCUGGUUUGGUCAGCAAGGACCCUGGAACUCUGCUUUCAGACUCGAUGCUGCCUGCCUCGGAACCCUUUAAGCUUCCUUGCAAUUCAAACCUCAGCAGCCUUGAAAGCCAUGAGACUGCAGAUUUACUGAAGGAAAACCCUGCUGGCAAACAAUUCGAGAAGCAUCUGGGGAGGCAGAGCAAAGAAAGCAUCUUGGAGAAGUUUGCAAUUCGGAAAGAAAUGGGCGAUGUGGGCAAAGAGCCUCUGAGCGAAGGACCCCGCGUGCCACAGGACGCUUACCCAGCCAGUGACAAAGGCAUUUAUGAGACAGCCAAGCAUGAGAAACAGCCUCCAGUCUACUGCACCUCACCAGACUUCAGAACAGGAGGUGCUUCAGACGUCUCCACAGCAAAGUCCCCGUUCAGCGCCGUGGGAGAGGGAAAUCUCCCAUCGCCUUCGCCCACCGUGGCCAUUACCAGCUCAAACAGGAGCCUCUCGACGACGUCUUCACAGUUAGCAUCUAACUCGUUGCAUUUAAGUUCCACAGCAGACCUCCUAGAAGGUAUUUCAGAUCCAAUGGGCAAAACUCAGUUUUCUUCUGACAGUCCACUGCUGAAUCUAAACAGAGCAUUGAACCAUGCUCUCGGCACCGAUUUUAAAGGUGCCGAGAAAGAUUUAAGUGAUUCCAAAGCUGCUUACAUCGAAACUUCAAGAACGAGCCCUGCCACGGGGAAAAAGCCCAUUCUGGCAGCUGAAACGAGCAUCCAUGCUACUGUCACCCCUUCAGUAGUUAGUUUUACAAGCUUGUUUAGCAGCAAGCAGUUCCUCAAGAUUGGUGCAAUAGCUGCAUCAGAUAAAUCCUGCCAAGGAGCAAAGAGCCUGAGCCCUACUCAGCAAUCGAAACCCUUAAAGAAAAGAAAAGGAAGGAAACCUCGAUGGACAAAAGUGGUGUCCAGAAGUUCGUGUAGACCUCCCAAGGGUCUAGAAUUAGAAAGGUCAGAGCUUUUUAAAAACAUUUCCUACAGUGCCCUGUCGAGCAGUAAUUUGGAGCAGGCCAAAUUCCUGAAGAACAUGGGGUCCUCUCCCUUCGUGGAGCAUGACUUCGUCAAGCAUCAGUUGCCCAAACUCAGUGAAGCUAACGGGCAGCCUCUCGCACUGCUGGCUGAGACUGACAAGCAAGCUCAAAAGUUCUACAGCAGUCACAAGCAACCCUCCAGCUUGUGUAUGUCAGAUGAUUUCUUACCUGACCUGUACAAGCCCAAAAGAGGAAGACCUAAAGCCAAGGAGAUGCCGGAGCUUGAAGGUCCUCCCAAAAGAACUCUCAAGAUCCCAGCGUCGAAGGUCUUUUCUGUGCAGUCAAAAGAAGAGCAGGAACCUCCAAUUUUACAGCCUGAAGUGGAAAUUCCUUCCCUAAAACAGAGCCUAUCAGGACAACCUUUUCCUAAAAAGAGAGGGAGGCCUAAAAGGCAAAUCAGGUCAUCGAUUAAAAUGAAGCCUCCAAUUCUUUCUGUGGCACCUUUUGUCGGAACAGAGAACUCCUCGAGCAAGAUAGGGGCUGAAAGCGAUCAGCAUCGGAGCGGGGACUUCUUUGAGAGAAAGGACCAGCUCCGAGGGCCAGAGGAUGUCCAGAAGCCUGCUCUUUGUAGCAUGACUGAUUUGGAAGUAGACUCAGAAAGAAAAGUUGGAAAGAGAAAUAAUGGACAGUUGAUGAAAACAAUCAUUCGAAAAAUAAACAAAAUGAAAACUCUGAAGAGGAAGAAACUUCUGAACCAGAUUCUCUCUACUACAGUGGAACCAAAUAACAAAGGGAAAGUGCAAUCCAAGCUCCACAACACAGUUUCAACUCUUGCUGCCACCUUUGGUUCCAAAUUAGGCCAGCAAAUAAAUGUCAGCAAGAAAGGAACCAUUUAUAUAGGAAAAAGGAGAGGAAGGAAACCUAAAGCUGUCCUGAAUGGGCUUUUAACCAGCGGUUCUGCCAGCUUGACGGUGCUGGAGAAGUCUGCCCAGCAAGCCCCUGGUACAUCACUAGGACAAGUACUUCCCCACUUGCUGCCCUCAGCAGCUCCUAGUUCAGAGAUUCUUCCAUCUCCAGUUUGCUCCCAGUCUUCUGUCGUGAGUGGGGGCCAGAGCCCUGUCAGCAGCGACGCAGGCUUCAUCGAGCCCAGCUCGGUGCCCUAUUUACACUUACACUCCAGACAGGGAAGCGUGGUUCAGACGCUUGCCAUGAAGAAAGCUGCUAAGGGGAGGAGGAGGCUGUCCCCACCUACCCUGUUACCAAAUUCCCCUUCUCACUUGAGCGAGCUGACGUCGCUGAAGGAAGCUACCCCUUCCCCCGUCAGCGAGUCGCACAGCGACGAGACCAUCCCCAGCGACAGCGGCAUCGGCACCGACAACAACAGCACCUCGGACCGGGCCGAGAAGUUCUGCGGGCAGAAGAAGAAGAGGCACUCGUUCGAUCACGUUUCCCUCCUCCCACCCGAGACCUCCACCGUCCUGAGCAACCUCAAAGAGAAGCACAAACACAAGUGCAAGCGCCGCAGCCACGACUACCUGAGCUACGACAAAAUGAAGAGGCAGAAGAGGAAAAGGAAAAAGAAAUACCCCCAGCUGCGGGGCAGGCAGGACCCAGACUUCCUCGCCGAGCUGGAGGAGCUGAUCAGUCGGUUAAGUGAAAUUAGGAUAACCCACAGGAGUCACCAUUUUAUCCCCAGGGAUUUGCUGCCUACCAUCUUCCGGAUAAAUUUCAACAGUUUCUACACUCAUCCAACUUUUCCUUUGGAUCCUUUGCACUACAUUAGAAAACCUGAUCUAAAGAAGAAGAGAGGCAGACCCCCCAAGAUGCGGGAGGCUAUGGCAGAAAUGCCCUUCAUGCACAGCCUCAGCUUCCCUCUCUCCAGCACCGGGUUCUACCCCUCCUAUGGCAUGCCUUACUCUCCCUCUCCCCUCGCAGCUGCUCCCAUAGGCUUAGGCUAUUAUGGAAGGUACCCCCCCACUCUUUACCCUCCUCCACCUUCUCCUUCUUUCACUACUCCCCUGCCACCACCUUCUUACAUGCAUACAGGCCACUUGCUUCUCAACCCCACCAAAUACCACAAGAAGAAGCAUAAACUUCUACGCCAGGAGGCUUUCCUCACCACGAGCAGGACUCCGCUCUUGUCCAUGAGCACCUAUCCCAGCGUUCCACCCGAAAUGGCUUACGGCUGGAUGCUGGAACACAAGCACAGGCAUCGCCACAAACACCGGGAGCAUCGCUCUUCCGAGCAGCCGCAGGUGGCCAUGGACACGAUCGCAGCCAACAGCUCUCCUAGAACGGUUCUGGAGUCCUUGAAGCGCUACAGAUUUGGGAAGGAGGCUGUUGGCGAGAGGUACAAACACAAAGAGAAGCACAGGUGUCACAUGUCCUGUCCGCACCUCUCACCCCCAAAGGGUUUGCUAAGCAGAGACGAGCAGUGGGUCAGGAGAGAGCCUUCGGAGUCUAACUCCUUAGCGCUGGGCUUGCAGACACCGCUGCAGAUAGACUGCGCAGAGAGCUCCCCGGGUCUGUCCCUGGGGGGUUUUACUCCCAGCUCCGAGCCAGGCAGCAACGAUGAACACACAAAUCUUUUCACAAGUGCAAUAGGCAGCUGCAGAGCCACAAACUCUGCCAGCACCAACGGACGUAAAAAGUUAACUGACAGCCCUGGACUCUUCAGUGCCCAGGACCCUUCUUCACUAACUCGGCCUCUCCGAAAGGAGCCGCUGCCUUCCGUCGAGAAGGCCCUUCAGCCUCUGCCAGGCACCUUGCCAACGCAGGACAAACCUUCCCAGAGGCAGUCAGAGAGCACAAAUUGCAGCCCUUCCAGAAAGAGAUCAACAUCUGAGAGCACUUCUUCGACAGUGAUUGCAGUACCCAGCCGAGGAGCAAGGCUGGCGGUGGCUGCUGACGAUCCAGUGGAUAGCUUGCUGCAGCGCAUGGCACAGCAGGAAGGUCAGGCCACUCUGGACAAAACUUUAGAAGCAGUCAUUGCAAACGUGUCUGUUCCACCAUCAGCUAGUCCUGCUCGAAACCACAGCAGGGAGAGAGGUCUGGGGAAGCAGCAGGACAACCUGGUGUCCCCAGCCAUUCCCAGCAGCUCCUGCAGCGACAGCAUCUCUCUUCUGUCGGACCGGCUGCCUAACAGCUACUCCCCACAUCACCUCAAGAGGAGUGUGGUGGAAGCCAUGCAGAGACAAGCUAGGAAAAUGUGCAAUUAUAACAAGAUCUUGGCAACAAAAAAAAAUCUUGACCAUGUCAAUAAAAUCCUGAAGGCCAAAAAGCUGCAGAGGCAGUCACGGACAGGGAACAACUUUGUGAAGCGCAGGCCUGGCAGGCCACGGAAGUACCCAAUGCAGGCAGUGGUGUCCAUGCAGGCCUUCCAGGCAGCCCGACUGGUCAGUCAGGACUUGGACAAGAGAGAAGAAAGCAGCAGUCCCUUACACCUUGGACCUGAUACCAUCACAGAUGUGAUCGAAGCUGUAGUGCAAAGUGUGAACUUGAACACAGAUCACCGAAAGGGCUGGAAGAGGAAGAGGUGGCUGGCGGAGGAGCAGGCCAGGAAGAGACAGAAGCCUUCACCAGAAGAGGAACAGGAGAGCAAUAGAAGUUUUCCUGAGGCAGCAGCUGAAGCUCCCAGCCCAAACGAUGCCCUCGGGAAACCGCAGGAGCCUGAAAACACCGAACAGCCUCUGCCUGCUCUAGCCCAGCGUGAGAAAAAAGCCCCUCGGCCCCCAAAGAAGAAGUACCAGAAGGCAGGGCUCUACUCUGAUGUGUACAAAACAACAGAUCCCAAGAGUCGCCUCAUACAGCUAAAGAAGGAGAAGCUGGAGUACACUCCUGGAGAGCACGAGCAUGGACUCUUCCCAGCCCCCAUCCACGUCGGAAAGUAUCUCAGACAAAAGAGAAUUGACUUCCAGCUGCCUUACGACAUCCUCUGGCAGUGGAAACACAAUCAGCUGUACAAAAAGCCAGAUGUCCCACUUUACAAAAAAAUCCGUUCCAAUGUCUACGUGGAUGUCAAACCUCUCUCUGGCUAUGAAGCCACUACCUGCAAUUGUAAGAAGCCAGAUGAUGACAGUGGGAAGGGCUGUGUGGAGGACUGUCUUAACAGGAUGAUCUUUGCUGAGUGCUCCCCAAACACCUGCCCUUGUGGUGACCAAUGCUGCAACCAGCGGAUCCAGAGGCAUGAAUGGGUGCAGUGCCUGGAGAGGUUCCGGGCCGAGGAGAAAGGCUGGGGUAUUCGUACCAAAGAACCCCUGAAAGCAGGACAGUUUAUCAUUGAAUAUCUGGGAGAAGUUGUUAGUGAGCAAGAAUUCAGGAACAGGAUGAUUGAGCAGUACCACAACCACAGUGACCAUUACUGCCUGAACCUGGACAGCGGCAUGGUGAUCGACAGCUACCGCAUGGGCAACGAGGCACGCUUCAUCAACCACAGCUGCAACCCCAACUGUGAGAUGCAGAAGUGGUCUGUGAACGGCGUGUACCGGAUCGGGCUGUACGCGCUGAAGGACAUGCCCGCGGGCACCGAGCUCACCUACGACUACAACUUUCAUUCCUUCAACGUUGAAAAACAGCAACUCUGCAAAUGUGGUUUUGACAAGUGCAGAGGAAUAAUUGGGGGCAAAAGUCAGCGAGUGAAUGGACUUCCAAGCAAAAGCAAUCAGCCAAUGGGCAGCCACCGACGGCCUGGGAGGUCGAAAGAGAAAAGGAAGUCAAAGCACAAACUAAAGAAAAGAAGGGGACACAUCCCAGAGGAGCCCAGUGAAGGUGUGAAUGCACCCACGAGGCUGACCCCACAGCUCCAGAUGAAGCCCAUGUCCAACAGAGAGAGGAAUUUUGUGCUCAAGCACCACGUGUUUUUGGUGAGGAACUGGGAGAAGAUCCGGCAGAAGCAGGAGGAGGUGAAGCAUGUCAGCGACAGCCUGCACAGCUCCUCGCUCUACACCCGCUGGAACGGCAUCUGCCGGGACGAUGGCAACAUCAAAUCUGAUGUCUUCAUGACCCAGUUCUCAGCCCUGCAGACCUCCCGCUCGGUGAGGACGCGGCGCCUGGCUGCAGCCGAGGAGAACAUCGAAGUGGCUCGAGCUGCUCGCCUGGCACAGAUCUUCAAGGAAAUCUGUGACAGCAUCAUAGCCUAUAAAGAUUCCUCCAGGCAGGCUCUUGCAGCUCCCCUCCUGAACCUACCCCCAAAGAAAAAAAAUGCAGACUAUUAUGAGAAGAUCUCUGACCCCUUGGACCUGGCCACAAUUGAGAAGCAAAUCUUGACUGGCUAUUAUAAAACUGUGGAAGCUUUCGAUGGGGACAUGCUGAAGGUCUUCCGCAACGCAGAGAAAUACUAUGGCAGAAAAUCUCCAACCGGGCGCGACGUCUGCCGGCUGCGGAAGGCUUACUACAGCGCUCGGCAUGAGGCCUCUGCCCAGAUCGAUGAGAUCGUGGGAGAGACAGCCAGUGAGGCUGACAGCAGUGAGACCUCUGUCUGCGAGAAGGAGAAUGGCCACGAGAAGGAUGAGGAUGUGAUCCGCUGCAUUUGUGGCCUUUACAAAGACGAAGGACUCAUGAUCCAGUGUGAAAAGUGCAUGGUCUGGCAGCACUGUGACUGCAUGGGGGUGAAUUCUGAUGUUGAACACUACUUGUGUGAGCAGUGUGAACCUCGAUCUGUGAACAGGGAGGUCCCAAUGAUUCCUCGUCCCCACUAUGCCCAGCCUGGCUGUGUUUAUUACAUCUGCUUGUUACGGGACGAUCUGCUGCUGCGCCAAGGUGACUGCGUUUACCUGAUGCGAGACAGCCGCAGAACCCCUGACGGCCACCCUGUGCGCCAGUCCUACCGCCUGCUGUCCCACAUCAACAGGGACAAGUUGGACAUCUUCCGCAUCGAGAAGCUCUGGAAGAAUGAGAAAGAGGAGCGCUUCGCCUUCGGCCACCACUACUUCCGUCCACACGAGACUCACCACUCCCCCUCCCGCAAGUUCUACCACAACGAACUCUUCCGAGUCCCUCUCUAUGAGAUCAUCCCCCUGGAGGCCGUGGUGGGCACCUGCUGCGUUCUUGACCUCUACACCUACUGCAAAGGGAGGCCAAAAGGUGUGAAGGAGCAGGAUGUGUACAUCUGUGACUAUCGGCUGGACAAGUCAGCUCAUCUCUUCUACAAGAUCCACCGCAACCGUUACCCUGUCUGCACCAAGCCCUAUGCCUUUGACCACUUCCCCAAGAAGCUCACACCCAAGAGAGACUUCUCACCUCAUUAUGUGCCAGACAACUACAAGAGAAAUGGAGGCAGAUCAUCCUGGAAAACAGAUCGCUCGAAACCGCAGCUGAAAGACUUAACCCAAGAAGAGGAUCCUCUGCCACUCAUCGAGGAUGUGUUAGGAAACCAAGAUCCAGCCUCGAGUGAGAUGCCCAACCUAGAGGAGGCAGACAAAGAGGCAACCUCUGGGGAGAGCUGUGAGACUGAUAAAAAGGUGGAAGAAAGCACUUCGGAGCCGCGGCAGCUGUGCACUCCAGAGGAGAGGCGGCACCUGCAGAGGGAGAGGCUCAACCAGAUCCUGCUGAACCUCUUGGAGAAAAUCCCAGGGAAAAACGCCAUCGAUGUCACUUACUUGCUGGAGGAAGGAUCAGGAAGAAAACUGAGGCGCCGCACUCUGACCAUCCCGGAGAGCAGCUUCAGAAAGUGACAGCAGAGGAGGGGAAAAAAGCUGUGUCUGGAGUCUGCUACGCAGGGUCUGCUGAGGGGCUGAGAAGCAGGAGCCCAAACAUCCUCUCUGCACCAGCCGAGGAGAGAAGAGGGCAGCAGCAAAACUGACAAAUGACAAACAGUUAGCACUUAGGCGUGGGGCCGGCGGGGGUGCCCCUGCCCUGCUCCGCGGUGCUCUGUGGUGUGUGUGUUGUUGGGCCUGUGCCUUGUCUUGAUGUUAGGUACUGGGAGAACCUUUGGGGGUAUUGUCCAGGAUGGUCACAUUUAAUUUAUUUUUUUGCUUGAGAUUCCCACUCAGAGGAGGAAAAAAAAAAAAACACAAAAAGAGGGGAGGUGAGGAAGAGGAGGAGGAGGAGGAGGAGAACUGAACAUUCCCCACGUUCACCAAGCAACCUGUGAUUGUAGAAGAUAACUCUUGGGCACCACCACCACCACCACAGCCCAUGCCAGAGGAUUGAGAGAAGAGGUUUGGGAAGGGAGGGGGAGGGGAGAGGGAAGGGAAUGGAGAUAAUGAAGGCCAAAUGGUUUUCAAAGCUGGAGGCUGCCCUAAAGUCGUAGCCUUUGAUUUGCACAAGUUCCAAGGAGAGAAACUUUUAACCCCCGACGGAACAGCGCAGGUCUGCGCCAAGGAGAAACUUCCAAAGUCCCCCUUGGAGCUCAAAACAAACCAAACCAGCAGGAACCUGAGCUGGUUUUUGAGGCACUUGGUUGUGUGUCCAUGCAGGGGGUUGGAGCUGAAGGGGGCAGGGUCUGAUUGGAAUUUUUGGGUUUUUUUUAAUUAUUCUUUCUUUUUUUUUUUUUUAUUUUAAUUUUUUUCCCACUUCUUUUUUUUUUUUUGUUUUGGUUUGUUUUGGUUUGGGUUUUUUUUUAUUUUCUCUCUUCUUUCCUGCAGAGAAAAUUUUAUAAAGAGAAAAGUCAAAUCCUGACAACACCAUUGCUGUUGGUUUUUUUGAUGAGCUGUGGUUCUUGUGUGUCUCUGGUGUGUUGUGCAAAACGAAAAGGACAAAAAAAAAAAAAAGAGAAAACCACCUUUAAAAAAAAAAAAAAUCUGUUGAAAGAUGAAAUAAAAUCAAAUUAAAAAAAACACCAAAAAAAAAAAAAGACCAAAAAAAAAAAAAAAAAAGAAAACAAAGCAAAACAACGACAAAAAAAACCACCCAACAAAGGACCCUUCACUACAUUUGAACCCCUCCAGCAGUAUUCGGAGCCAGUGUUUUGUUGUGAGCUGUAGAAUCUUUUUUAUCGACUGCUACCACUGUUGCUGUGUGCUGGGUGUGCAGCUUCCCACCACCUCCUCUCCAACCUGGGCAUCCCCUCCCCCCUACCUCCCCACCCCCCCCCCAGCUUCGCACCGCCCUCGUCCCCUGCUCUGCCCUGCCCAGCCCAGAAGUCUUGGCCCCGAAGCGGCAGUCCUGGCGCUGAGCCUGCUGCGUGGCCUCGUAAUGGCUGGAGGGCAGCAGAGGUUGGUGUUGGGGUGGGGGCUCCCUGCUUGGCAGCAGGGCCUGGUGCUGAAGCAGGAGCUACGUGCAUGGCACUAAGGUGUGGUUCUGAGGUGAGGGCUUGCUGCAUGGCACCAGGGUCUGAUGCUGAAGCAGGAGCUCCCAGUGUGGCACCAGUGCCCAGUGCUGAAGCAGGAGCUCCCUGUGUGGCACCAGUGCUGAGGCAGAUGCUCCUUGCACAGCACCAGUGCCCAGUGCUGAGGCAGAUGCUCCUUGCACAGCACCAGUGCCCAGUGCUGAGGCAGAUGAUCCUUGCACAGCACCAGUGCCCAGUGCUGAGGCAGAUGCUCCUUGCACAGCACCAGUGCCCAGUGCUGAAGCAGAUGCUCCUUGCACAGCACCAGUGCCCAGUGCUGAGGCAGAUGCUCCCUGCAGAUGCUCCCUGCACAGCACCAGUGCCCAGUGCUGAGGCAGAUGCUCCCUGCAGAUGGUCCCUGCAGAUGCUCCCUGCACGGCACCAGGGACUCCCUGCAUUGCACCCCAAGGAGGUGGCUAUGGCAGGGCCAGGCUGUGGCACGGGGAGGGGGCAGUUGGUGUGGGCUGCCCCUUUGCAGUGGCUUUGCUUUUUGUCUCUCAGCCGUGCAGGUGCAGAUCCCAGUCCUGUUUAGAUGUUCUUAUACGAGAAGCAGUUUUUAAUGUGCCAAGUUGUAUAUAUCUGCUGCGUGGAUGUAAAGCAAUACAGUAGCUCCAUGUCCCUUUUUGAAUGGACCAAGCUUGUCCUAAUGUACAUUUCUUGUUAUUAUUAUAAUUAUUUUACUCUUUAGUGGAACAUGACUCAUUCCAUUAACUUUUCUGUGUUGAUUUCAAAAAGAUUACCAAAAAAAAAAAAAAGGAAAAAAAAAAAGAAGAAAAAAAAAUAAGGAAAGGAAAAAGAAAGGAAAAAAAAAAGAGGAAAGGUGGGAAAAAAGAAAGGAAAAAGAAAAGAAAAAAGGAAAGGAAAAAGAAAAAAAAAGGAAAUUAAAAAGAGGAAAGGCAAAAAAGGAAAGGAAAAAGAAAGAAAAAGAGAAGGAAAGGAAAAAAGAAAAAGGAAAGGGGGAAAAAAGGAAGGAAAAAUUAAAGGUAAAAAGGAAAGAAAUUAAAGAAAAAAGAAGAAAAAAAUAAAGGAAAAAAACUUAAAGAAAAAAAAUUAAAGGAAGGAAAAAAAUUUGAAGGAAAAAAAUGAAAAAAAGGAAAAAUAUUAAAGGAAGGAAAAAAUGGUAAAAGGAAAUAUUAAAGGGAGGGAAAAAAUAGAAAAAGGAAAAAUUAAAGGGAGAGGAAAAUGGAAAAAGGAAAAAUUAAAGGAAUGAAAAAAUUGGGGAAAAUGAAAAAUUAUAGGAAGGAAAAAAUGUAAAAAAUGAAAAAAUUAAAGAAGGAAAAAAUGAAAAAGGAAAAAUAAAUGGGAAAAAAAUGAAAAAUAAAGAAAUUGAAGGAAAAAAUGAAAGGAAAAAUUAAAGGAAAGAUGAGAGGGAAAGGAAAAGGAAAGAAAAGAAAAAACAUGGGGGAAAAAAAGAGGAAAAAUGAGAGGGAAAGAAAUGAAAAAAGGAAGGAAAAAAUGAAAAAAAAAAGGAAUAAAAAAACCAUUUGAGAAAAAAAAAUAUUUUAUUAAAUAAAAAAAAGAAAAACAGAAAAAAAAAAA